AUGGUGGUGGCCAACUUGCAAGUUCUCUCAAUGGAGAUUGGAGGAAGAGCAGUUCUAGAGGUGAUACUGGUGGAAAUCAUUGCGAGACUACCUUUGAGAAGCAUCACCAGACUCAAACUGGUGUGCAAGCAAUGGAAGUCGUUGAUAGAAUCUUCCUAUCUCCGUCGUGUCUUCGUCUCUCUUCACAAGAACUCAUCUUCCUCUUGGUCUCUCAUGUUCGGAGCUGAGUAUCCUCAUCCAGAAGCUAUAGGCUUCCAUGGAUGCCAAACAUGGGAUCUACAGAAGUCUCUAGGAUUUUAUAUCAAGCCCUUUCAACGGUAUCUCAAUCUCCCUACUAGAUGUAACUACUUCUACGUAGCUUCUUCUAAUGGACUGGUUUGGAUCGAUGUAUUCUUUACCCGCACUGAUAACAUGCCUUACAGUUACAAAUCCUUUGUUGGUAAUCCGGUUUUAGAACAAUGGGUCGAAAUUCCUCCGCCUCCAGACCAAUGUAUACCCACUGGUUUGGUAACGCGUGUGGAGAACGACAUUGUUCAAGGGUUUAAAGUGGUCAGGACUUCAAGGACUGAACCUAGAGGCAUGGGAGUGCAUGAAUGGAGAGUUUACGUGUAUUCGUCUGAGACUGGUUUAUGGACUUCCAAGCGACUUCUUUCCUCUCAUCCUGUUAACUACGCUGGUUCUUACCCUCCUGUGAAUCUCAACGGGAUGCUUUAUCUGCGGGAAAGAGGUUUGGAUGCAACAGAGCCUGGUGUCCUUGUAGCUUAUGAUUUCUAUGGCCCUGAGGACGACGAUCAGUGCCUGGUUAUACCACUUCCUCAUCUUUACAGCAAAAGUGUUCGGAGAUGCUUGACUACUUCAGGGGAAGAUGUUAUCUACAUUGAAAUCCUGUAUCCAACAUUGAAGGUUUGGAAGCUGAAUAACAACGAGUCAAAGAGUGGUGAAUGGUGGCUGCUUUCAUGGGAAGAAGUCGACAUGGCGUCAAUGGGACUUGAUGACGAUUGUUUUCCCUUGGCUAUGAAUCCGUUGGAUACUAAUAUCGUCUAUCUAUGGAGUCAACACCACGAGAGUUUGGUAACAUAUAAUCUACAGAGACAAGAGUUUAUUGUUCAUCAAGAGACAGAGACUUGGAGAAACAGUGAAGGUUGUUACCGAAUGAACACGUCUGGUUCUAAGGGGUAUGUGAAAGGUAAUGUCGAUGCAACUACGGUCAUGAUGUUAUCACCAUUUGUGCUCCAACGAUGGAUGGAUUCAGUACCUCGUCCACCAAACUGA